AUGGCGAACACCUAUGGUAUGAAUGGCCGGGCAAAUGCCCUCUGCUCGGUCGACGAGCUCGUGUCACGUCAAUAUGACUUUGUGGUUGUCGGGGGCGGCACAGCAGGGUUGUGUGUUGCCGCUCGUCUUACAGAAGACCCAAAGAUCUCAGUGGCUGUACUAGAAGCUGGAGAGAACCGCAUGGACGAUCCCAAGGUCUCGACGCCAGCUCUUUACCCUACCAUGAUUGGUCGUCCGGAGUACGAUUGGUGCAUGACAUCGACACCUCAGCCCAACGCCGGGAACAAGGUGUACUCGAUGCCUCGUGGGCGAAUCCUCGGCGGCUCCUCCGGUAUCAACUAUCUAAUGUAUGUUCGUGGAAGCAGAGCAGACUACGAUGGUUGGGAAUCCAUGGGCAAUCCAGGCUGGGGCUGGGACGGUAUGGCGCCGUACUUCCGCAAACAUCAGACCCUAGACGUGACCCCCGUCCACGACGAUCCCCAAUUCAUGCCCAUCGCAGGUGGUGACAAGUUCCACGGCAAAGACGGUCCCAUCCACACGAGUUUCAAUGACUGGUAUUCUCCCUUUGAAGUCGACUUUGCCGAAGCUGCAUACGCCGUGACGGGCUCCAAGAAGACCAUCCACGACGCCUGGUCCGGCGACCACAUGGGCUUCUAUUCCAGCCUGGGCGCGGUCAAUCGCGCGGACGACCCGGGGAAGCGGUCGUACGCCGCGACCGGCUACUUGCGACCGAACCUACAUCGACCAAAUCUGAAGGUGCUGACCGAGGCCCAGGCCACGCGGAUCGUCCUCGACGGAACGACGGCCAAAGGCGUCGAGUUUGUCCACAAGGGGCAGAAAUACACCGUCGGUGCGACCCGCGAAGUUGUUCUGUCCGCGGGUGUCAUUCAAAGCCCGCAACUCCUCGAGCUCAGUGGGAUCGGCGACCCGGACGUCCUGCGAAAGGCCGGCGUCGAGUGCGUCGUCGAGAACAAGGGCGUCGGUGCGAAUUUCCAAGACCACGUCCUCGGCGGACUACUGUACGAUCUCAAACCAGGCGUCACCUCGCUCGACGCUCUCCACGGCGAAGAGUUUAUGAAGAUGCAACAGGACGUGUACCAGAAGAGCGCAAAGGGGCCCUACGCGUCCCCCGGGAUGAUGAUGGGGUUUGUAUCUUACUCCACGCUCGUCUCCCCUGAAGAACUUGAAGCCACGAUAAAAGAGAUUCGAGACAAAUCUCUGGCCAGGACGGAUUUUGAAAAGGCUCAAGAAAAGGUCAUCGUCGAUCAACUCCGAGAUCCAACCUUUGCCAACCUACAGACUUUCUGUAUAGGCUGCCGUCUCGACGUGUCCAAGGGGUCCGACCAGACCCAAUUCUUUUCCUCGCCACCACCGGGACGCCAACAGAUUUCUCUGCUCAUGUGCCUGGAACACCCUCUCUCGCGGGGGACCGUCCACAUCAAGUCCGCCGACCCCUUGGCCGCUCCCGAGAUCGACCCGGGUUACUUCCGCAACGAGGUCGACGCCAAAAUCUUGGCCGCCGGCAUGAGCUGGAUGGACCGAGUCGCCAAACAGCCGGUCCUUGCAAAGUCCCUGGACCGGCGUGAACUGCCACCCCCGGAAGCCAGCCUGGACACCGAAUCCGACCGGAUCGACUACGUCAGGAACAACAUCGCCACGCAGUACCACCUCAUCGGGACGUGCGCCUUGGGAGAAGUCGUCGACAACGAGUUGAGGGUCAAGGGGGUCCGGGGCCUUCGUGUCGUGGACGCCUCCGUCUUCCCCGGGCACGUCUCCGGAAACAUCAUGGCGAGUACGUACGCCGUGGCAGAAAAGGGCGCCGACAUGAUCAAAGCUUCCUCGUGAUCGUCCUCGACUGGGGUGAUUGCCUCGAAGCGUGUUUGUUUUUGUUCAGAUGCCUGAUGGAUAUGACGUGUACGUACCCCGUACAAUAUGUGAACGUGGAACAUGACCAUGCACGGACAUGGACAUCACCAGUGUUGUUAAUUGGGUACACUUACUUUCCCCUGUCAACUAUGAGAGGCUUUCGGUCUGUCGUACUCUGUCCUCUGCAGCAUCAACCAUGAAAUCAUGCGAGGCUCUGCUUGGCUCUUUUGCUUGCUUUGUAUGUACAUGUAUAUGCGUAUAUGUACCCUGUAACGCUCGCUCAUGCUUUUCUUUGAGUACCAAAG